GUUUACCAUCGACUGUGUUGUCUUUAAAUUCCAUCUACCCCGCCAACGGAAGUGUGUUGCCGUCAUGAGUGGAAACCUCUUGGCCAGGUCCGUUCGAAAGUUUUCCCUGCAUUGCUUUUUAUUCAGUGAAACGAUUUUCAAGCGAACAAAACUCCGAUUACCAGUGCAAUUUGUAGAGGAAACCUUAACUCAGGCAAGAGGAGAUUUCGAAAGAUCUCUACGGGGAACUUAGUUGGAAGCGGAAGACUAUAAAAGCGCUGCCCAGUUACAAGCGGAAGUCAGUGAGCGGAAGAAGAACAUGGGAACUUAUCCACAGAACCUCAAGCUGCUGUUCCUCGGGACAUGGCUGCUCAUCGGGCUGUCGGUGCCUGCAACAGCAACAGCAACUGCAACUGCAUAUGGAGCCGGCGAAGUAAGCAGCAGGCAUCGCAGCAAGCGCACCAUGACGACCAUCUGCGUGGAGAUCAGGCCAAGUAGCCCGAAGGACGAGCCGUACUACAUGUGCCGCGGAGCUAACUUCGCCGACGGCAGUGGACAGCAAAGCUGCGUGGAGGUGAGGCACCAGGGGGGCGAGGGGGAGCCCUUCUACAUGUGCCGGGGAGCGGAGUCCACUGGCCCCGGAAACGAGUCCCAGAGCCCCACCCCACAGUUUUCGCCCCCGACAAACCCCCAUCCUGCCGGACACAACUUUCCCUUUCCUCCCGCCUUUGGAGGCGGGUCGUAUCCACAGCAGACACUCCCAGGAGAUCCCCUUCAUCAAGUCCAGCCAUCAGCGGGUCCGACGUCACACCAGGAGGAGCUCCAGCGGCAGCCUCUUCCUCAGCAGCACCAGCCCCAUGCCCAGUACGGACUCUACGGAAACCCCUUGGCUGCCCAUCCGCCUGCAUCUCCGGCGCAGUCGUCUGGCCUGCCACAACUUUCUCACCCACUUGUGGGCAGCCCGCCAGCAGCUGCACCAGGAGCUGCAGCUGGCCCAGGCCCAACGGCCACGCCCCCUGCGCCUGAUCCUUCAGCGCCUCCGCGAUCGUCGAGCCGCCCCAUGGAGUUCGGCGUAGUCGGUAACAGCCGGCAUCGAUUUGGGUUGGAAGACGAAGUGCAGGCCUGGCCGGACGCAGGAUUUAGGCGGGACGCUCUCGACCCACAGCCCCGCCAGACGGAUCCUCGAGAUCAGUUGAUGUGGGUGCCGUUGUCCCACACGGAGAAUCCAGAAAACGAUCCGGUAAUGAAGGCUUUCUACAGCAGUUUGUCGGGAUCGGGCUCUCCAACACAGGACGCCGUGGCUGCCGCUGGCAACAACCAGGAGCAAAUGUCUCAGGCUUCGGUUCCAGUGGUGGAACCAAUGGUCGGUCAAAUGGCGUCCGGCUACAGUCCCUACAAUACCCAAUACCCGGAGGCUCCUGCCCCACCAACUCUGCCGCCUCCACCGCCAACGUACUCAUACCAGUCUGAGGUGUCGCCCCCUCCCAAUCCAUACUGCAGUGGGUGCAGUGCCCCUGCCCAGCCCUUCCAAUGCCCCAUGCAGCCGGACAACGGGGUCAGCUACAGUACCUCCUGUCCAAGCUUCCAGCCGGUUAUCAUAAGCAUGCCGUGCUACGGACAACGACCCCAGCCGACCCCCUACUUUGCUCUGCCGAGAGCCUCACCGGGAAUGGGAAUACUGAGGAGCCCGCCCAUGGCCACGCCCUUUGGCCUGGAUACGGGGCCAGUGGCAGGUCCCUUCGGAGGAGGAGGAGGAGGAGGAUUUGGGAUGGCUGGCCAGUUGGGCAGUCCCUUUGGCAUGGCUCCUCAGAUGGGUGGCCCGGGAUACGACAUGGAGCACCAGGUGGGCGGCCCCUUCGGCAUGGGAAUGCAGCUGGGCAUGGGUCUGAACCCCUUCGGCCCCUUCGGAGCCCUCAACCCGUUCAAUCCUUUCAACCGAAUCCUGGCAGCGCCGGCUCCCAACGUGCCAGCGUCCAAUGGCAACUUCUUUCAGCGGGUAUUCAAAUUCAACCAGGGCGCUGAAGGCACCUCGACCACAGAAGCUGCUCCAAGUGCUGAGGCCCACUCCGGCAGAUCUUCGAAGCUGAACUUCUCCAGCAGCACCACGCCUUCCAGCUCAGAUCAGCCCGAUGCCAAUUCCAAUGUAAGUGAAGCCCGCGAUAGUCCCGAGGACGAAGACUCUGCCGAAGAUAUUGACAAGGACGAAGAGCCGGCGGUGACCACACCCCUCCCAGACGCGGACGCCGACGUUUCCGCCGACGCCCCCGAGAUUCAGGCACUCGUCAGCAAGGCGGCGGAGCUGCUCAAGCCCGACAAACGCAAGCGGCACAAUCCACGCUCCAGUGGACGAGUCCCCCAGAAGCACAGAUACCUGCAGCAGCUAUAGCACCUCUAUAUGUAAUUGGAUCCCUUAAAUAAAUAAAGUUUAA